UAAGUUGUCAUUUAAAUCCCCAAAUAUUGAUCCCUAUAAACAUGUGCUUGCUGUCCUCAGUUUUCCUGAGGGUAGAAGAGAGAAUUUAAAAUGGAAGUGGGCAACCAAUCUGUUGUAGCGGGAUUUGUCUUGCUGGGGCUGUCAGAUCAGCCAAAGCUUGAGAAAAUGUUUUUUGCGUUCAUCCUGUUGAUGUACCUGGUGAUCCUGCUGGGCAAUGGGGUCCUCAUCCUGGUGACCAUCCUUGACUCCCGCCUGCACACGCCCAUGUACUUCUUCCUGGGGAACCUCUCCUUCCUGGACAUCUGCUACACAACCUCUUCCAUCCCUCUCGUCUUAGAUGGCUUCCUCACUCCCAAGAAAACCAUCUCCUUCUCAGGCUGUGCCAUGCAGAUGUUCCUCUCCUUUGCCAUGGGAGCCACAGAGUGUGUGCUUCUGGGCAUGAUGGCAUUUGAUCGCUAUGUGGCCAUUUGUAACCCCCUGAGGUACCCUGUGGUCAUGAGCAAGGCUGUCUAUGUGCCCAUGGCUAUCAGCUCCUGGGUGGCUGGUGGAGCCAACUCCUUGGUGCAGAUCUCUCUUGCAGUACAAUUACCCUUCUGUGGGGACAAUGUCAUCAACCACUUCACCUGUGAGAUCCUGGCUGUCCUGAAGUUGGCCUGUGCUGACAUCUCCAUCAAUGUGAUCAGUAUGGGGGUGGCCAAUGUGAUCUUCCUGGGGGUCCCAGUUCUGUUCAUCUCUGGCUCUUAUGUCUUCAUCAUUGCUACCAUCCUGAGGAUCCCUUCAGCUGAGGGGAGGAAAAAGGCUUUCUCCACCUGCUCUGCCCACCUCACUGUGGUGGUCAUCUUCUAUGGGACCAUUCUUUUCAUGUACGCAAAGCCCAAAUCCAAGGACCCCCUGGGGGCAGAUAAGCAGGACCUUUCAGACAAGCUUAUAUCCCUCUUCUAUGGAGUGCUGACUCCCAUGCUCAACCCCAUCAUCUACAGUCUCAGAAACAAGCAUGUGAAGGUCGCUGUGAAGACUCUGGUGAGUCAGAAAUGCUUUGCCUAGUGACAGUAGGGGCCAGCAGCAUACCUUGUGGCUCUGUGCACACAGAUCUCUUAGGAAAUGACUGCUUCAUAAGCAUAGAUUUGUUCGAUGGUCCUACACACCAGUCUCAUCACAAAACUGCCCAAACAAUGCACAUCAGGAUGGGACUUUCCUGAGUGAUUGACAAUGAACAUCAAAUCUUUGGAAUGAAGAGGGGAGAGGACUGUGCUACAUCACCUAGAAACAAGGAUAAGUGACUCUUAUAUUUUAUUUUUGUUAUGAAAAAAAUAAAUAAAAAUGGAAAACUUUGUAAGAAAAACAUACUUUCCUUGUUCAUGUGCUGACCAGCUGCAAUUU